UAAGUUGUGAACGACUUUCAUUAAAUUCAUUAUUAAAGUGUAGAAGAUUCGAUUGUUUUUGAAACAACAUAUAAUUAUAAAAUAAUCUAAUAUUUCGUAAAACGUGUUGAAUAAAGAAAUUAAUAAUGUAUCUCCUUGAAUAUACGUUUAAUUAUAAUUUACUAGUGGAUUUCAAAUUAUUAAUCUAAUUCAGGAUAAACUCAUUUAUUAACUAAUUACUUAAGAGAAUAAAAAUAUUAUACGAAAAAAGUGUUGAGUGACAUUAACUGAUAUCAAGAACAUAACCUCAAAAUGGUUUAUCUUGGACCAGGGGUGCAAUAUGUAGCGGAAAGCGGAAGGGCGUUUAUUUCGCCAAACAAUCCUCAAGACGUCCUCAUGGAUAACAAAAAAAUGUUAAUGAUGCAGAAACGAGACGUCAUACUCACGGCUGUAUUCUCUAGUCUCGCUGCUAUAAUUCUGAUAGCAGGUAUAAGUGCUGCUUGUUAUUUCUUUCACAAAAGGAGACGUAAGCGAGAUGAGGAAGAGGAGGAUUCUCAGGAAGUUACUUAUUGUCGAAAAGUGGAGGAGGUUCAAGAGAAAAAAUCACGCUUAAAUGGAUUUCUUACGUUAAAGACGCCCCUGAUUUCCACUAAAACUCUGGGCUACUUAUGA